GCAAACGCGGUUUUAGCUCCUCCACUGCUCCACAACACAAUACUUGUUUUUCUCUUUCUUUAGCUGUCUCUCUGCUGUCAAUCUCUCUCUCUCUCUCUCAGGAAAAAAAAAAAACACUCAUCUUACACUCUUUACUUCACUGUUUCUCUAUCUAAAAAGAUAAUUCUCUUCAAAAACCCUAACUGAUAAACACAAAACCCUAACAAGACACACCUACCUCAGAUCUGCACUGCAUUUCAGUUACUAUGCAGUGUCUGAUGAUUUGAAGUCCUGUUUAAGAAGAACUUAAUAAUGUCUAAUUCAGACCCGAAAACCCGACCCAAGCCAGGUCCAUGGCCACCUGUGCCUGAAGCUUCACCAAUGCCACCUUCUUCUUGGGCUAAAAAAACUGGGUUUCGUCCCAAGUUCUCCGGCGAGACCAAUGCUAGUGACUCCGGUCAGAUUUCACUCCCUACACCGCCCAAACCCAGAGAGCAACAAUCCGAUAAUCAACCGGAUCUUGAAGCGGGUCGAGUCAGACCAAAUACUACUGCAGCUACACCGUCGCCGGCGGUGAUGAAUGGUACUGAGAAUAAUAAAGAUCAUACUGUGAAAAGAAGGAGGGAUUCUGAUGGUGGUGGAGGAGGAGUUGGAAAUGGGGCUCCGAAGAAAGAAUCGGGUCAUGGAGCUAAUGGGCAGGGUCCAGCUCCAGGUACGGGUCAGGUGGCGGGGUCCACGGAGGGUAGUACAAGAAGAGGAGGGAGGAAUGGUGAAGUAGUUGACGUGCUACCACAGACUCUUGAAGAUGAUGGUUUUGUUGGAAGGCAUUCUCAUAUGAAGUAUGAGUUAAGAGACACACCUGGUCUCGUUCCCAUUGGUCUAUAUGGGUUCCAGCAUUACCUUUCGAUGUUAGGUUCAUUGAUUCUCAUUCCACUCGUCAUAGUUCCUGCAAUGGGUGGCUCUUAUGAGGAUUCUGCGACGGUGGUGUCAACGGUGCUAUUUGUUUCAGGAGUGACCACACUUUUGCAUACAUUUUUUGGAUCAAGGUUGCCUUUGAUACAAGGCCCGUCAUUUGUUUUCCUUGCUCCAGCAUUAGCAAUAAUAAAUUCCCCGGAGUUCCAAGGGCUAAAUGGAAACAAUUUCAAACAUAUUAUGAAGAGGCUACAAGGGGCUAUAAUUAUUGCUUCAUCUUUCCAAGCAUUGAUGGGAUAUAGUGGAUUGAUGUCAUUGUUAUUGAGGUUGAUCAAUCCAGUUGUUGUUGCCCCAACUAUUGCUGCUGUUGGACUCUCAUUUUAUAGUUAUGGCUUUCCAAUAGUUGGUAACUGUCUUGAGAUUGGUGUGGUGCAGAUGUUACUGGUUAUUAUUUUUUCUCUAUACCUUCGAAAGAUAUCUGUUUUAGGUCAUCGAGUUUUUCUUAUUUAUGCGGUUCCGUUGGGUCUAGCAAUCACAUGGGCAGCUGCUUUUCUUCUGACUGAAGCAGGAGCCUAUAAUUACAAAGAUUGUGAUCCAAAUAUCCCGGUAUCAAAUAUUAUAUCUGACCACUGCAGAAAGCAUGUUUCCAAGAUGAAGUAUUGUCGAGUUGAUACUUCUCAUGCAUUGAAAGCUUCCCCAUGGUUUAGGUUUCCGUAUCCCUUACAGUGGGGUACUCCUAUCUUCGAGUGGAAAAUGGCUCUUGUUAUGUGUGUGGUGUCCAUUAUUGCAUCUGUGGAUUCGGUUGGCUCCUAUCAUGCAUCAUCAUUGUUGGUGGCAUCUAGGCCUCCGACAGCAGGUGUUCUUAGUCGAGGGAUUGGCCUUGAAGGUCUUUCUAGCAUCCUGGCUGGUCUUUGGGGUACUGGAACUGGCUCCACUACGCUAACUGAAAAUGUGCACACUAUAGCUGUGACUAAAAUGGGAAGCCGUAGAGCAGUUGAAUUAGGUGCAUGUGUUCUGAUUCUCUUAUCCCUUAUAGGUAAAGUUGGUGGGUUUCUUGCUUCUAUUCCUGAAGUAAUGGUUGCUGCUCUCCUUUGCUUUAUGUGGGCAAUGCUUACAGCACUAGGAUUGUCAAAUCUACGAUACAGCGAGGCAGGAAGCUCGCGGAAUAUCAUCAUAGUUGGGCUAUCUUUAUUUUUUUCACUUUCAGUACCAGCAUACUUUCAGCAAUAUGGCAUCUCCCCAAAUAGCAACUUGUCUGUUCCUAGUUAUUUUCAGCCAUACAUUGUGGCUUCUCAUGGGCCAAUCCGAAGUAAAAAUGUAGGGUUGAACUAUUUUUUGAACACAUUGCUAUCCUUGCAUAUGGUGAUUGCAUUCCUUGUGGCUGUUAUCCUGGACAACACUGUACCUGGGAGUCGGCAAGAGCGCGGGGUGUAUGUAUGGUCUGAACCAGAGGCAGCAAGGAGGGAGCCUGCUGUUACCAAAGACUAUGAGUUGCCCUUCAGAGUUGGCCGGUUUUUUAGAUGGGUGAAAUGGGUUGGGCUUUAAGAGACUGAGGAUGUUUUGUUGGUUUGCUAGCCAUCAUCGCAUUGCUGAGCUUCUGAUUCACAAGGGAUAAUUGUGCUGCCUUCUGAUCCUAGACGUAAGUCCCCUUGAGCUCAUAUUGGUAAAUAGCAGGGAACAAACUGAUUUUUCUUACACGGCUGGCCCUUCUACAGAGAUGAGUUAUUUAUGUACAUUGGAGGAUCCAUAGGGAUCUGCUUGUGUUGUAAUUCUAAAUAUCAACAAUGUAUCUAGUUUUGAGUCAUUGAAAUUAUUUGUCGGGGACUAUCCACGUCUGAGAGAACACUGAGAAUUCAUCCUCAUCAUGUAUAUCUUUUUCUCAAUAUAAUCAGCUUCAUUUGCAA